AUGCAGCAACAGCAAGGGAUGGGGGGUCAAUCAGGAGGAGGGAUGGGGGGAGGGGGAGGGAUGGGGGGAGGGAUGGGGGGAGUGGGGAUGGGCGGGGGAGCAGGAGGGAUGCACGGGGAAGGGGGGAUGAUGAUGGGGGAUGCGUCAGCAGCAGGCAUGGGAGCAGCAAUGGCGCCAUCUCCGCCCAUGAGUCUCGCCAUCCCGCCACCACCCGGCACAACCAGGUACUUCAUAGUGAAGAGCAACAAUGUGGAGAAUCUAGAGCUGUCGGCGCAGAGGGGCAUGUGGGCGACUGAACCAGUAGCCCCUCCAACAACCUCCCCCUUCCCCUCCCUCCCUCUCCACCCUCCUUCCCACCCCUACCCCUGCAGGUACUUCAUAGUGAAGAGCAAUAAUCUGGAAAAUCUGGAGCUGUCAGCACAGAGGGGUAUGUGGGCGACGCACCGCAACAACGAGGGGAAGCUGAACGAGGCGUACGAGUCGUGUGACAGCGUUAUUCUGAUCUUCUCCGUGAAUGAGACGAGGCACUUCCAGGUGAGAGGACAAAGCACAGCACAGGUGGCACUUGCAGGGCUGUGUAUUGAUGAUGUCGCGCAUAUGAGCGGUGGUGGGGGGAGGACCGUUGAAGAUCGAGGCUGUGCUCUAAUGAUGUCACGCAUAGGGGCCGUGGUGGGGGGAGGGCCGUGGAAGUAUGCUCAGAGGAUGGGCAGCUAUGGUCAAAACUUUCGUAUCCGAUGGCUUAAGCUCUGCGAGCUCUCGUUCAACAAGACACGCCACCUGCGCAACCAGUACAACGACAACCAGCCCGUGAAGAUCAGCCGGGACUGCCAGGAGGUGGAGCCAUCAGCAGGCGAGCAGCUGACUGCACUGCUGUACCGCGAGCCAGACGCUCCUUUGCUGGUAUGCUGCUGGGCGCUCUCUGUCCCCUUUCUUCUGCCUCUUUUUUUACCCCUCCUCUCAGCCGUCCUCUGCCUCUCACCCGCCCUCUCACCCCUCAAAGUUACUCUUUUUUCGCCCUCCCCUCGCUCCCCACUUCUCUCCCCCCCCCCACCCCAGGCCACGGCACGGGAAGCAGAGAAGAAGAGGCUGAUGGAGCAGCAAGCUCAGGCAGUGCCUUGCUGGUAUGCCUCUUGUUGUGUUGACGCCCUCUCUCUCCCCUUCUCCACCAUUCGCCCUCUUCUCCCCCCCCCCCUCCAGGCCACGGCACGGGAAGCAGAGAAGAAGAGGCUGAUGGAGCAGCAAGCUCAGGCAGUGCCUUGCUGGUAUGCCUCUUGUUGUGUUGACGCCCUCUCUCUCCCCUUCUCCACCAUUCGCCCUCUUCUCCCCCCCCCCCCCCUCCAGGCCACGGCACGGGAAGCAGAGAAGAAGAGACUGAUGGAGCAGCAAGCUCAGGCGCAGGGGCGGGGGGGCAUGGGCGGAGGGAUGGGCGGAGGGAUGGGGGCAGGGAUGGGCGGAGGGAUGGGCGGAGGGAUGGGCGGAGGGAUGGGUGGGAUGGGCGGAAUGGGCAUGCACAUGGGCAUGGGAAUGGGAGGAAUGGGGAUGGGGGGAUAUGGGGGGUAUGGGUGGAAUGGGGGGUAUGGGCGUGGGGGUAAUGGGGGUAAUGGGGGAAAUACAGGCACACGUCAGGCAGGGAACAAACGAGCGAGCCAGAAGAAAGAAGAGGAGGAGGAAGAGGAGGAUUCAGAUGAUGACGACGAUGAUGAGGAUGAUUCUGAUGAUGAAGAUGAUGAUUCUGAUGAGGAUGAUGAGGAGAGCGAAGAGGAAAAGGAGGAGAAAGGAGGGAAGAGGAGUGGGGGUCAAGUAGGGACACAGGUGUCGAGAGGAAGAGAGGGAACCGGAACAGGAGGAGGAGGCGGAAGAGGAGGAGGAGGGCGAGGGGUGGGAGAGCUAGAAGGGACAAGUGGGGGAACCAGAGGAAAAGCGGGUGUGGGAGAAGGACAGCGAGCCAUGAAUUCUGGUGGUAACCCUGUGGGUGGUAACAUUAAGAGCAAUGAUCCGAGGAUUGCUAGGAACGCAGGUGCUUCUGGUGGCCGAGGUGCAACCUCGGGCGGAGGUUCGGGGCGAGGUUCGGCUAGAGCAGGUCCAAAUGACCAGCGUCGGAGCUUUGGCUCAGGCCAAAGCAGCGGAGGAGUGGGAGGUGAUGGUGAGAGGGGGGAUAGGAGUGAGAAAGAGGGUUAUGGAUGGAGAGGCGGAGGGAAGGGGAGGGGUGGAAGGGGAGAGGAGAGCAGGAGGGAGGAGUGA